GUUUUGUGACAAUCACAUAGAUUUUAGACGAGAAGGUUUGCGAAUCUUUCAAACAAGUAUAAAAUAUAAAACGUAAAAUACAAAAAUAUAAAAAAUUUGUAAUAUACAUUUUUUAAAUGUAGUUGAAUGUGAAUAUAUAGAAAUAAUAAUUUUAUACAAUAUAAAUAUGAUUUUAUAUCUUAUUGUACGGCUGCAAUUGCAUAAGAGGUUAUGAAAACAGUGUCGCCGGAUGAUGUCAGUUGUGUUAUUUAGUGAUUUGUGCUAAUUGUGUAGACAUUAAGUUUUAUAUGAAUAAAAUAUGUCGGUAAUAUGUAGAAAAUUGUGCUCUUCUAUUUUGUCUGAGCACUUUGGACAAAUUGUACAAUGCGUAGCUGAAGAUUUAUUUAAACAUGAUGCAAAACCAUUAGACCUAAUUUGUUAUACGACACGUCUCCCUCUAACAAAGAUUAAAGAAGCAUUAUGUGUUUUAAUAAAACAUGGUUUUGUUGUAUAUAGUCAAACAGAAAGGGGACUGGAAUAUUCUUUAAUUUAUGAAAAUAUUUUACUUAUUCUCCGUUAUCCAAAGUAUAUGUUCUUUGUAAAAACAAUGUGUGGCGACGAAUCUGAAAUGAUUUUAGAAGAAGUAUUAAUGAAUGGAUACAUAACAGCUUCAGAAGUAAUUACAAAAACAUAUAAAAAAAUUGAGCAGUCACCUUCUGGUCUGCAACCAUCAGUUCCAGUUCUGAAGGAAAAGUUCGAGUUACUUGUCAAAAACCAAUUUUUAACACGUAGUUUAUGUACAGACACAGUUGAAGAGAAAAGAAAUGAAAAACCUGAUUUUACAUUACCCGAUUUGAAUUUAACUGCUAUUAUUAAGAAAAUAGAAGGUGAUAACAAUAGCGAUCCUGGGGAUAGUAAAAUUUAUUGGAAAGUUAAUUUUGACCGUCUUAUUCAAGACCUUAGGGAUCAAAUUAUUGUAUCAGCUAUAACCAGACGGCUUGAUGAAAAUGCAGGAGAGUUAAUGAGGCAAUUAUUAUUUCUUAUGUAUUUACGGACAGCAUCAUGGGCACAUACAUCCAAUCCAAUACCUUUUACAGAAAUAAAGGAAGCAGUUAAAAAAAUCAAUUAUCCGUUACUUACACAUCAUAUAGAUCAAUAUUUACAUCUUAUUGAGGAAGAUUCUAGUCAAUUUUUGAAACGAGUUGGAGAGUCAGGUGGCCAUUUUUGCGUUAAUAUGAAGGGGGCGUUUGAACAAUUAGCAUGGGCAACAUUAGAAAACAUUGUAACGGAGAGGUUUGGUUCGAAAGCAGCUAGAAUCUUUAGAUUAGUGCGUGAUAAAAAGUACAUUGAACAGGAACAAAUUCAGCAAUUAGCAAUGAUCCCAGCAAAAGAAGCGAAGCAUCUGACGUACACUUUAUUACAAGAGAAUUAUCUACAAAUCCAGGAAAUAAAGAAAUCUGGAGUAUCAGCUGCACCGAUAAAAACAUUCUUUUUGUUUCACAUUGAUUUAAAUUUAGUUGUUCACAUGGAAGUGGAACAUUGUUACCAAGCACUGUACAAUAUUAUGCAAAGGCGAGAGUAUGAAAUAAGCAGCAAUAAGCGGAUGAUCGAUAAACAAUUGCGAAUGCAAACUCUCACGACUAAUUUGAAAGAACACGGUGCUACUGAAGAGCAAUUGGCAGAGAUUGCAGACUUGAUGACACCGUCUGAGAAACAACAAUUAGAUAAAGUUCAAAAUAAAAUUAAGAAAUUGGGUAUUACCGAAUUGCAAAUUGAUGAUACUCUAUUCUUAUUAACAAUGUAUUUACGUUAUCACUGAAUAAAGGCGUAUUUUU